AUGUUGCUCUACACACGCGUUGCGCCCCCCAAGGUGCCCAAGAAACGCUCACGAGCAGGAUGUAACUAUUGCAAAGAGAAAAAGAAGAAGUGUGACGAGAUCCGACCGAAUUGCUCACGCUGCGACGAACGCGGCGAGGCAUGCGUCUACGAACCAGUCCGCCCGCGUCAGCGAAGGAAGCGCGAGCAGACACUGUCGAUUGACACGGCAUGCGACGAGCUGUCGCAGAAUGACUUGGCCUUGACCCCAUGGCAACAGUCCCCGCCGGAGUUGCCAAAGUGGGAGGCCGAGGCGGCGGACGAGACGAGCCUGAGCUCGCUGGGCAUCUUCCCAUGGACCCCGACGGAUACCGCCGUCUUCUCGCCCAUGACGACCGCGACGUUUGACGACGAGGACGUGGAGGAAAUCGUGCGGCGACACUCCUUUCCCACUACCAUGACUCCGACGAACAGGCACCAGCGGGAUCCGUAUCCCUCGCCUCGUCUUGAAUUCUGCGCCCCCUUUGCCGACUUUUCUCAGCGCAAGAACCGACGCCAGCUGGUGGAUCACUUCUGCAACGUCCUCUCGCACCUGAUCGUUUUCAGAGAGGAGAAUGGGAACCCCUUCCAGCAGCUUGUUCUGCCCCUCAGCCACGGCAGCCCGGCGGUGAUGGACGCGAUAUAUGCCCUGGCGAGUGCACAUUUAGAGUUCAGGGGCGUGGCGAACGAGGAGAGGAGUGCCUAUUUCCACGGGAGGGCCAUCCAGGAGCUGGCGCGGUUGAUUGAGAACGGGGGUGGUAAGAACAAGAAUGAGCUGCUGGCGGCCAUCAUGCUCCUUGUCUACUAUGAAGUUCUCGUCCAGAAGGAGAGAUCGAACAUUGUGGACGGCCACCUCAAGGGCGCCAUGACCAUCAUCAACAACCGCGAGGCCAGCACCGACCCAACAGGCGUCUUCCUAGAGAGGGCGUUCAAGUUCUACGACGUCAUUGCCGCCCUGUCCUUUGGCACAGCGCCCCUAUCCACGGCACCGGGUCGCGGGUCCCUGUCCCCCUUGCCCCCUCUCGACUCCAACGGCGCAACGAGCCCCGUCGGCUCCGUCGACACCCUGCUCGGCAUGGCCACGACGCUCUGGCCCAUCAUCCAUCGCCUCUCCAACCUCGGCAGCCUCAAGGACGAGCUCGACGCCGCGCAGGCCCAAGGCCAACUGUCCAAGGCGGCCGUCCUCCGCACCGAGCUCGAGACAACAGGCUCCGCCAUCCAGGUCGCCCUCAAGCACUGGCAGCCCGCGCCUCCGCCCGAGUCCAACUCCCCCUCUGAAAGGGCCCGUCUGCAGAGCAUCCUCAACAACGCCCUCGCCUACCGUCACUCGGCCUUUGUCUACCUCUACCGCACCAUUUACGAGCACCCCCGCUCCCACGCCCUCGUGCAGCACCACGCCCACCUGAGUUUGACGCACUGUAUCGGCACGGUCACGGGCGACGGCCCCAUGAGCGCGCUGCUGUGGCCACUCUUCGUCGCAGCCUGCGAGGCCACAGACCCCGACGAUCGGGAUCUUGCUCGACAGACCUUUACCGCGAUUGACAGGGUCCAGGGCAUGACGAACAUUCAGCGGGCCUGGUGCAUUGUCCAGGAGGUCUGGCGGCGCGCGGACGAGCAGGAGAUAGAGGCCAUCAUACUGCAGCAGGAGGAGAUGAUGAAGGAGAAGCGCGGCGGCGACCUGUGGAGGCGGGUGAGCCGCGACAUGGGCAUGGCGAUUGUGUUUGGCUGA